AGGAUGUGAUCUUCGUGGUGAGCUGGUGGGAAAACUGAGUUGUAAAUCACCCCAAUGGAAGCAGACAGUGAUGUUGCAUUGGACAUUUUAAUCACAAAUGUAGUGUGUGUUUUUAGAACAAGAUGUCAUUUAAAUUUGCGGAAGAUCGCAUUAGAGGGAGCAAAUGUGAUAUACAAGCGUGAUGUUGGGAAAGUAUUAAUGAAGCUUAGAAAACCUAGGAUUACGGCCACCAUUUGGUCCUCAGGAAAAGUUAUUUGCACAGGAGCCACAAGUGAAGAAGAAGCUAAACUUGGUGCCAGACGAUUAGCUCGUAGUCUACAGAAACUAGGUUUUCAGGUAAUUUUCACAGAUUUUAAAGUUGUGAAUGUUUUAGCAGUGUGCAACAUGCCCUUUGAGAUCAGAUUGCCAGAAUUUACGAAGAAUAACAGACCUCAUGCAAGUUAUGAACCAGAACUUCAUCCUGCCGUGUGUUACAGAAUAAGAACUCUCAGAGCUACCUUACAGAUUUUUUCCACAGGCAGUAUCACAGUUACAGGGCCAAAUGUAAAGGCUGUUGCCAGUGCUGUGGAACAGAUUUACCCAUUUGUAUUUGAAAGCAGGAAGUAAAUUUUAUAAACCACCACUUGAUGGUUAGGUUCCCUAACCAAGCACCUUUAAAGACUGCUGCACAUUGGACUAAAAGCAAAAAGGAAAACUGGACCAACCAUAGCAAAAGAAUAAACUCUUUUACUUGCUCAUGGCCACAGUGUAGACUCCAGUUCUUUUGGAUUUUACUCUUAACAGUGCUGUAUUGUAAAAACAGAAGUUUACAAGAUAUGAAAUUGCUGCUUUUAAAAAGACAUUAUAUUUAUUUUUGCAGUAAUUUCUGUGUAUUCAUAAGCAAAGCUGUCACGAUGUGCACUACCUUUAAAACAUUAUUUUUUUUUUUUUAGUUUGAGCUUGUGUUUUAUUUGUGAAUAGUCUUUUACAUUUUUGUAUGCUGAAUAUUGGGCACCAAAGAAGCUGUAAAAGUUAUCUUUUUCACCUAAUGAAUGUGCACAAAUAAAAGUUUGGAAAAUAUUUCUCUUCA